AUGGCCAACGAGCAGGAGAUCCUGGAGGCAAGCUCCAUCCUCACGUCCAUGGCAUCUUCGGCCGUUCAUAGACUACAAACACCCGUCGACGAUACCACGUCUCCCAACAUUGCGGCGCCCGUACCUCCUCAAACUCGAAGCAUAACCACGCUCUGGCAUCCGCGCGGUCGCCUACCAUUCCAAUUUGCCAAAGCUCUUUCCGCUGAUCAACUCAACUUCAUAAAUCAGGUGGCAACAGAGCUGAUCGGUGAAGCUAGAAGCCUGAGCGACCUGCAUGAGCUGAGGGUUGAUGCCAUUACCAGCUGGGGCGCAUAUGAGAGCUGUGCUCCGGAGAUUUUUAAGGAUGAGGUUGUCGUGAAGAAGAUGAUUUUGUGCUAUGAAGUCAUCGAGCAGGUGGACGACGACCUGGACCACGUCGACAGGGAGCAACACGAAGCAACCCUGAUGCCAAACGUCCCAGCUCACGACAAGCCCGAAACCGACAAAACGCCUUCUCCAAUAAACGUUAUGGCACCAAAUGUCACGACCCGCGCCCAAAGGCGCCGGAGAAAAGAGGCCAAGAGGGCGGCCAAGAGGGCGGCCCAGGAGCUGAGGGAAGCUCGCCGUCAAUACGACGUCGAGAACCCCGGUGAGAUCAGGAAACGUGUGUCGAUCAAGAAGCAUCGCGAAAUCGCCUCACGAACAGUCCAAAAGGCAGCCGAGGACGGGGAGGAAGCCCUCCGCGUUCUCCAGCGACAGAUUUGGAUCCAGAGGCAAUGGUACGGCUUGUCUACCUACACCUUUCCACUGCGCUAUGAACAUCACUGCCGCUUGCUGUAUCUGAACGAGCACCUGGCGCAGAUUGAGGCCAAGUUGUCCAUGUACGAAGAGGAAGUCAACUUGAAGCCUAGGCGCUCCGAGCGCCUUCGCCAGCAGGGCCUCCGAGCCAUCGUCAAGUUGGGCAGGCGCUCGAAGUAAUGGACAAAACCGCAACGAAGGAUGAAGAUCCAGGUCAUCUUAAAUGUUUGCCAGCAAAGAUCGCACUGAGGAGAUCCAAACAUAUGGGCUAUUUGAAGCCUAUGCCGAGCUAGCAUGCCCACCGCCUCCUGUUCCCUGACGAUGCGCGGCACAUUGUCAAGGUAAGCGAUCGUUAUCUUCCUUCUUUGGUGGUAAAGGAAUGUGAACUAACCCCAAGUUGAGCCAGAACACGUCCUGCGCGAGCUUUCGAGCCGAGGCGCUCUCAGCAACAGAAUGAAAAGCGCCCGUGGAUCGUCAUGGUCGUUGAACUGGCCCAGUGCUCGUAGAAUUAGUGAAAGACUGAAGGACGAAUCGAAUCCCACACUGUCCUCCAAUUCCAUUGCCCUUCCAUUGUUCCAUGCCGACCAUUGUGAAAAUCAUGCCAUCCAAGUGACGUCCAUUGUCUGCCCACCCUCACACCGCCACCGAAUCUUCC